CUUCUGCAUGUUCGUGUGUCUAUGUAUGAUGUAGUUGUGAGUAUGUUUAUAUUUACGAAAAUGAUUCCGUAUUUGGAAUAUGUAUAAGUCUUUCAAUUAGUGUGCGUUUGUAGCGUCAGCCUACCGAAGCUUGUGUGGGAGACUUGUUCACAGGGACCUUUCAUUAUUUGUAUUAUUUUUGUGAAAAAUCAGUAAUAACAAUUUGGACUCAUAAGCGAUACAAAACCAUCGAUAUCAAGUUAAGGUAACCUUUGUAUCACUUUUGCUCACUUUAUUUGUCUGACUUUUGGCAAAAUCAUAUACGCACAUAAUUAACUUUCCCUUUCAAUAUGGCGUCGAAGGAAGAGCCGAUGGUUCAGUUCGUCGACGAAAAACUUAUAAGCAACGUUAUGAAAAAUUUAUACGAUCAAAGAAAGAUAUCCCGUUUCUGUGACAUUGUAUUUAAAGUAUGUGGCGAGGAAAUUUUUGCUCAUAGUAAUGUAUUGGCUGCUGCUAGUCCAUAUUUUGCUUCCUUUCUGGGCAUGGGACAAGACUUGCCACGCGCUUUCUCUCAGAAAGCACCCCAAAUAAUUGAAAUUCACAUCGAUGGAGCGAGUGAUUCCAAUAGUGGCUACGGGAUGGCCGUUAGGAAGGUUGUAGAUUUUAUGUAUACAAGCGUCAUCGAGCUUUCUCUCAACGUUCUCUCUCAGGUGGUUGAGAUAGCCAAGAUCAUGCAGAUGGACAGAGUUUUAGAAUAUUGUGAAAGAUUCCGACAGAGUGUCCAAACUUCUGGCAUAACAACUGUUGUCGACAGUAAACAUACCAGCCAAGAAGAUCCACAGCAAAUAAAGAAGGAUCCCGACUAUCAACUGGACAAUCUUAUAACUAAUAAUUUUGUUGGCGAAUCUUUACCUCCGCAGGAAAUUGGUGACAGUAAAGACCAAACAACUCAAACUAAUAUUUUUACUCAUUCUAACUCGAAUGUUUUAUCAGUUUCCAACAAUUGUUUAGUGUUAAGUUCCACAACUGUGACUUCUUCAGCCUCUGUACAGCCAUGUGAAACUAUUAAUGGUCAGCCUUUUCAAGUAUCAGGUAGUACUGCUGAAACAAUUUUCGAAGAAUCUACACCUAUCCAAGACAUAACCACAGAUAGUUUAAUGGACGAAACUUUAUCAACAUUAGUGACGCAUACAGCUACCUCAACAAACACAACUUCCAUUAUUACUACUGCUACUAAUAUUAAUUCAGUUUCAAAUUCAGAAAUUCAAAAUUUAAGUUCCACAAUUGAAGGUGAUAAAACGGAAGAUUCAGUGGAGACAGGUAAGCCUGACACGGAACCUGAAGCACAGAUUGAACUUGAAGAAAAAUCGCUAUCUCAAUGUCCAGGAGCUGUACGUUCAAGUCUUCGAAUACGACUCAGCAAGAAACACACGCGUAGUCGAUCCAUUUACAGAAACAAGGGUAAAACGAGAUCACGUCUACACAGUUCUUCAAAUAACAAUCAAAAUUCUGCCAACAAUAACGACAGUAGUAGUGGUGAUGGUGGUAAUGGUAAGUGUAAGAAGCUUGGUAAGGUAAAUAAUGUAAAUUUUGAAGUAUACGUCUGUGAUGACUGCCUGUAUAGUACCUAUAGUUUCUAUCAUUUUAAAAGACAUCAAAAAAUACACUUGGAAGGUAAAUAUGGUUGUGAUAAAUGUGAUUAUAAAGCCAACAAAUUGAAAUCUCUUACAGAUCAUAACCGAAGCCAUUUACAUGCUGAACUUCAAUGCAGUUAUUGUGAUUAUAAAGCUACUAAUGCUGAAGAACUUACAUUACACUUAUCUCGACAUAGUGGGGAACAUCCAUAUUUCUGUUGCCUGUGUGAUAUGAAAUUUAAAACAAAAACUCAACUCAAUUUGCAUGCACCUAAGCAUUCAGAAGACAAACCAUUUGUAUGUCCAAAAUGUUUUGCAGGUUUCAAAUGGAAGCAUGCUCUCAAAAGUCAUAUGGUGGUACAUAGCAAUACUAAGGACCAUUUGUGUGAUGUUUGUGGUUUUGCAACUGCACAUAAAAGUCAGCUUAAGGCUCAUCAUCUUAUACACACAGGGGAAACGUUCAAGUGCACUGUUCAAGGUUGUAUAUUUCAAGCAUUAAAGAGACAAAAUCUCAAGUAUCAUAUGUUGACACACACUCAUGAAAAACCACAUAUUUGUCGGGUGUGCAACCAAAGUUUCUCACUCAUAAAAAACAUGAAACGGCACAUGUUGCUUCAUUCAAACGAUCGGCCAUACAAGUGUGACCAUUGCUCAUUCACGUCAACACGGUAUGACAAACUCAAAGAACACUUAUUAAAACAGCAUGGCAUUGGGGAAAGGCCAAACAAAAAACAUCGAAUUUCUGAUUACCAGAUUAGUAACAACAAUGGACUGUUUACUGAAUCAUAUGGAGAAGAAGCAGAAGAAAAUAGCACAAAAGAAGAAAACACAAUUCCUCCAACAACAACACAAAUUGUCAUUACAGCUUCAGAUGACAUCCCUGUACCAUUUGCUAUUACAAGAGUCAAUAGUGAUGGUUUUACAGAAAUAAGUUAUCCUAUUCAGUAUGUGUAAUGAAUUACCUGACUCCCAUUGU